AGUUCAGUUCACGCGCGACCGUCCAUCGAAUCGGGCAUAAAUUUUAAAGCAUCAAGGGACACGUUUUGAGUCUCUGUGAGAAAGUCUCAUCUCCUGGCCACAGGAUAUUCUUAACAAUUUUUCCGUUGUGUUUGAUUCCGGCGACAGGUGGUGGGAAUUUUGAAUUUAUUUUAUUUUUUUCUUGCGAGAAAAGGCGAGUUUUUGGGGACAAAAGGUGUGUGGUGUUGAAGACAAUUCUUCAGAGUGUUUGGUGGUGAUUAAGAUUGCAAAAUUUUCGUGUUUUUCUUGGCAAAGAAAUAAAGCCAUUCAUUUGGUGGAUUAAAAAGAGCAACAUUCUGCCCAUAUCCUGGAUUAAGACCCACCCCCAACCCCCAUCAACCCUUUCUUCUGGGACAACGGAUGGGGAUUCCAUUGCGGUUGGAUUUAAAUUGAAUGUGAUACUUUUAUGGCAUUUCGGUGACUUCAGUAAAUAAUGAAAAACCUCCCACAUAGUGUCAUGAAACGUCGAAUGAAUGCAUAGAGAGGGAGAGAGAGAGAGCUUGAAGCAAUGGAAGCAUAAUUCAUGCUAUUCAGUGUCCGGAUAAAAAGGCCACAAUUAUAGAGUUUCCGUCGUCGUCGUGGCUUUCGUGCUAAACGCGUGGGAGACAUACUAUCGAUUGCAAAUAGUGAUUAAAGGUCUCGUGGCUUUUGUGAAGACUAGGGGAGAACACUCUCUGUGUAGCUAAAAUACCAAAGAAAAGUUUCCCUUCAAGUCUCCUGUAUAGGGGUUGAAUUUUCAAUGUAAAAAUAUCUCAAAGUUGCAUUUCACUUUUCCACCACCACCCUCCCCAACCCUUUGCUCUUUCACUCUACUAUAUAUAGCACAAAACUUCCCUUUAGAGCUUCGAUAAAUUGAUAAAUCUUCUAAACUUUCUCCCAACUUCUCCCAGGGACAGAGUUGAGAACAGAUGCACAAAGGGGUAAAUAAAAAUACAAAUAGAAAUAAACUUCAAAGUGAUGUGAAGUGAAAAUGGGAAACGUAUUCUGGGAAAAGUGGGUGUGAAAAUGUCCAUGUGGUAUACAGAUAAAAUAAAAUCAAAACAGUGAUGCUAUUUAGUUAAUACUCUCUCUCUGGUCAAUUGAUCCCCAAAGAAAGGCAAAAGAGGUUUGCAAAUCCAUUAAAAAAGAGUGUUGCGUAUCAGGUGAGAAAAGCAUUUUGAAUUUUCUCUCCACGUGAAUCGGAACGAAGAGAAGAUAAGAAAAGUAGAAAAAAAAAUAGUUGUGUACUUAAAGAUUUGAAAAUAUGCACGUGCGACGAAUUAAUUGGAGUGAAAACAGCUUCAGGUGGAUUUUUUUCGCACUUACAAUCAUCAGCUUUUGGUGUGGAACAGAAUGUGAAGAUGAAUCCAUUUCGUCCCUUCGUGGCCAUUCUGUGGUUCUCACGUGCCCCAUGGACGUCAGUUCCUGCGGCGACUUGCAUUCAGUCAAGUGGUUUAAGGGUAGCGAUCGAAUUGCCGUGGUAUCCGGUAAUGGUGAGGUGGUCAACAUCUUUUCGGAUUACAACAGCAGAAUAUCAAUCGAUCACUCACCACAUGGACCUGCCACAAGACUCCACCUAAAGUCAGUUCAGGUGUCAGAUGAGGGUACUUAUGUGUGCGAAAGUACGUUCUUGGAACCACUUGAGACAUGCAAGAAUCUCGGAGCUUACAGCAUAGACUUUAAAGUUUUAGUUCCACCAUCGGCAAUACUUAUCCUGGAUGAGGAGGGUAAUCAGCUGAAAAAUUCCACUACGUUAGGUCCUUUGCGCGAGGGCCACACAUUGGGGGGCACGUGCGAGGUCCGUGGAGCUCGUCCAGCUCCAGUUGUUGGAUGGUAUCGAUCGGGAAAGAGGCUCACAGAUACCGUGACAAUUGAUGAAAGCAAUGGACUCUUCUUGGUCAAAUCAACAUUGUCCCUUGUGCUGUCACGGCAGGAAUUGGCCUCCAUCAUUGAAUGUCGCGUGGAGACACCAGCCCUUGAGCACAUUGUUAGCAAUCAAUUGGUGCUAGAUCUACAAGUUCGUCCAACAAAAAUAAGCCUCUCGGGGGUUAAGCAUCACACUGUUCAGGGUACAAAGGUUCUACUGCAGUGUCAGGUAUUUGGUGCCCGACCAGCCGCCAAUGUGACGUGGUACAAUUCAACACGAGCCCUCAAUCCCGACCACGAGCCUCUGAGUACCAUCAGUACGAAAACGUAUUUGCAGAACGAUGGCACUUUUGAGACAGUCAGUCAGUUGAUUUUCACAGCGACACGCUAUGAGAAUGGAGCAGCAAUCCGAUGCGAGGGUGACAACAUUGUGAUGAGGGAUGAUCUUGAGAAACCCAUUCAUGAGACGCUCGUGUUGGAAGUUAUGUAUCCACCUGUCGUGACGGUAAAACCGGACAACAUAACCAUCAAUGAGACUGAGGAUUUCCUUCUAUUUUGCGAAUACGAAGCAAAUCCCGCGAGCCUGGAGAGUGUUCGGUGGAAGCAAAAUGGAAAGGUGCUACGUGUUGGGCAGAUGAGUCGCUAUGAAGGAGGCAAUCCUGAGCAGACGGCACUUCUCGUGAAGAAUGCCUCCCGCACAGAUAUUGGCUCCUACACGUGCGAACUCUCCAACGCCAUUGGCAAUGACACGUCCGACAACGACAUCAGCGUGGAUGUACAAUAUGUGCCCACCGUGGAAUUGGACAUGGAUCCCGAGUCGCCCAUUAUUGAGAACAAUGAGUCAAAUGUGACGCUGUACUGCAAUGUGGCACAGGGCAAUCCGACGCAAUUGCUCAAAGUACGUUGGUACCUCGAUGGGCAGCUGCUGAAAGAGCUCCCGGAGUGCAUGUCGGCAACACAACAGGACGCAAAUGGCGAUGAUGAUGAUCUGUGUGGCAUUGAUCCGAGUAAAAUGUUGCUGCAGAAUGUUGGGCGUGAUUUCCUUGGGAAUUACUCCUGCGAAGGACUCAAUGCUGCCGGUUGGGGGCAGCGGAGUCACGAGGAGGAGCUCAUUGUCUACUACGAGCCAGGGAAUGCCACAAUAAUGCACCACCCGCAUAUUCCCGUGAAGCGGAAAAGUGUCACGCUGUCGUGCACGGUGGACGAUGGGGGGAAUCCCAAUGCCACGCGCUAUCGGUGGUUGCGUGGCGAUAAGUCCGUGAUGGACGUCGUGACGCCCAUGUGGACAGUGGAUCCCGUCGGAUUGGAUUCACGCACAAAUUUCUCCUGCUACGCCUACAACGAAGGUGGCGAAGGGAACCCAGCUACGGUUCAGCUGGAUGUCCACGCGCCACCGGCAUUCAUCCAGAAGCUCCCACCCUACACAGGGGCGCUCUUUUCCACGCCCGGAAUUUCCCUUUCGUGCCGCGUUGAAUGUGUCCCCCGGUGCAAUAUAUCGUGGUUCAAGGAUGGAAUGGGAAUUGAGGAAUUCAGCGAGAGGUACUACGUGAAGGAUUCCUACCUACCAGCUGAUCCGUCCACGGGGGAUUUUGAGAGCACGCUCUCCAUUUUGCAUUUCAACAUGUCCGCGUGGCCAGAUGAGAAAUUGGACAUUUUCCGUGAUAGCGCAAAUUACUCUUGUGUCUCAUCCAACAAUUCCGUUGGGGGUGGUGUUCGGAGUGCCACAUAUUUCGGUGUUGAGUACCCCCCUGAAAAUACAACUGUUUCCAAUGUGGAGAUUUCCGUAGAGGAGGGCCAUCAACCCCAGAGGAUACUCUGCUCGGCUAAAGCUUAUCCAGAACCAACGUACGAAUGGAGACGUCUUGGGAAUGUGAUUGCAAAGGGUAAUGCCUUGAUCGUCAAUAAGGCGAUGCAGAGAUCAGAUUCAGGGCCCUAUACGUGCAUCUCGUUCAAUCGCCACGGGAAUCAUAGCGCCGAGACGGUCCUGAAUGUUCUCUACCGACCAAAUUGCUCAAUUUCGCGCCGUGAAAUCGAAGAUGAGGACACGUUGGUGUGCACGGCGUACGGGAAUCCCGAAGCCGUGGACUUCCAUUGGUCCCUAAAAACCGAAAACGACACAAUCGAUGCGUACAAUGUGCGCCAGGAUGGAAUUGCGAGCUACCUCAUCCUCGAGGAUGAUGUCCUCGUUACACGAACCUAUCGCUGUGUAGCCAACAAUUCCGUUGGUGUUGGCAGUAUUUGUGAAGUUGAUGUGGCUGAAGUGAGGGCGAAACGGCAUGUACUGUGGUGGCAGCGAUGGGAUCGAAUGACUUUAAUCAUCCUAAUUGCAUCGGUAUUCGCAUUGCUGCUGGCUGUAAUAAUUGUGUGCAUCAUCAUUAUCUGCAUUUGCCGCAAGAGGAGGCGCCAGGAUAAAUAUCAUACGGACUUAUCAAAUAGUGCAGCUCACAGUGUGUUGACGGCACCAUCUUCACCGCGAAGUGAGGCAAGAGGGAGCGUUUUGGAAGAUGAGGGUGCACAGAAUCCGCCAGAAGUUCCAAAAAGCCCCCCAAAAUGGCCCCUAAGACCGGGAGUUUUGGUUCACAUAAAGGGUGAUACGAAGCAAAAUUUAGCAGCUUCACGAUCACAAACCCCAUCAACGGGGCGACCGGAAGUAGCUCCGGGCACACCGUCAAAAUCCCCCGAACUACCCCUGAGAAAUUCCACCCCAAAGUCCGAUGUUGAACGGGCAGAAGGAGUAGCCCCAAAGGCCGAAGAAGAACCCACAGAUGAUGGGAAUGAUGAACUCAUUACAUUUACAAAUUCAGGAUUUAUUGAGCGAAUCCUGCGGAGACUGAGAUGGCGCCGAGAGCAUCGGGGUGUCCGGCAGAGUCCGUCAAUUCUCACCCAAAACUCCCCUAGUCAGAGUGGGGUACAGAAGAAGGCGGCAAGUCUCCUAAGAGCUGCCGGAUGGUUUGGAAGUGGCAAAUCUACGGCUUCCAGUUUGGGGCUUUUUGAUUCGCGACAUCGACCAAGUGGCAUAAAAUACACAGAUGGUGUUGUAACGUACAGAAAAGCUCCACAGAGUGUGAAUCAGAGUGAAAAGCGAGAAAUCACGGAGGAGGAAGACGCCCAAAAGCCCACAGAUUCUUCCCGGAAGAGGAAGAAAGGUAGUGUUUCCGUUCACGACAAAUCAUCGGCGGCAGGAGACCCCUUAACCCUCACAGAACCUGGAGAGUAUGAGAAUCUCCCCUUCCACGGUUUGCAGAAUGCUCCGAAUAAGCCACUCGGAGCUGAUGAUCUUGCCGAUGAUCUAGAAUAUGCCGAUGUUGAUUUUCGCUCAUACGGACCGAUUAACUACAAAGCAGCCUCAAUAUAUGCGCUAGUCAAGAAGCAGAAAAAUGGAGCUUUAAAAGAAGUCCAAUAAAUGAAAUCCUUUAAAAAUUUCCCUGAAAGAAAAUUUAAAAAAAAAAAGAACAAGAUGCCAACAAUUCAAUUAAGCCGUGGAAGAUUUUAUCAAUGAAUGAAGAAGAGUUUUAAUAAAAGAAAAACAAACUAAAACGCUAGCGAACACUUUAGUGGACUAAAUAAAUUUAAGAAUUAAGAAAAAUGCCGAAGAAAUAAACGAUCUAAAAAUAAAUAUUUGUACAUGUUGACCAGAUUGUAAUGUUUUUAUCGAUUUAACCAAAAAGAAGAUGGGAGAAGAGGGAAACUCGAAGGUGAAAUUUUAUGAUAGAAAAUAUAUAUUAAUGCAACUUUGCCAAAAUCACAACUGAAAAAAAAUCUUUUAAUCUUUUUAAUGGAACGAACAACUUAAAAAAUAAACUGUUAUAUUCGAUUAAUAAAAAAACUAAAGAAACCGAAGGAAUGUACUGCAACUAACUCUUUUUGCUGUAUAGAUGGAAAACCAAAAACUAAAGGCGAUGGUAUAUAUCUAAUUUUUGUUGUUUCGACGUUUUAUAUUAAGUUUAAUUUUUUUUAAAUGAGAAACAAAAUAAAUUAAAAAUCCUGAGGUUAUGCAAUUUAGCCGUUUUAGUCUAUCUUUAGGCGAUGUUUUUUCGUUGUUUGUUUCUCUCUGUUCUGAAUUCAGGAAUUUGUAGUCUUCAGAUUGAUCUAAUCCAGAUAGGAGAUAGAGCCCGAACCGUAUUGCUCUUUUUGUGAUCCGUCAGUUAUUCUUAAGAGCAAACCUUUGUUUCGGUCCGUUUUGAUUUUAACGUCUUCCUUCUUCGAAACGAUUCUAAUUUUUCUCUAUUCAGUCCUAGAACUUUUGCAUUCUGGCCAUUUCUUUUGAUAUUUAAAAAUAAGAGAAAAAAUAAUUUUACUGGACUUGAAAUAUUCCUUCCGGGCCGUUUUUUGGGCCAGAAGUUUAAUAAAAUGAACAUUUUCUUAAUCUGAAGCUUUUUCUAGUUUAGAAAAAAAAAAGAAUUUCCAUCUCUACGUCAAUUUUUGGGAAUCCAGAAGUAUAACAACGUAAGAAAAUUUCUUAAAAUUUCAUAAUUCUUUCGUUUUUAGAUUCCGAUUUGACCAAUUCGGUUUAUUUAAUCCAGAAGUAAAAAAUAAGUUUAAAGAAAAAUAUUUUGAUGGUUCUAAUUCUUUUUAAUAAAGAAAAGUAACUACGAUAUUCAAUUUUUCAAUUUUUUAAUUCUUUAAUUUUUUUUAAUUUUUCAAUUUUAUAAUUUUUUUAAUUUUUUCAAUUUAUUAUUAAAUAUUCAUUCCAAAAUACCUAUGGAAGAAAUUCAGAAAUAUUCCUGAUCAGGCACAAAAAAUUAGUUUUUCCGGAAAUUUUGAAAAUAUUCAAUAAAAUAUUCAGAAAUUUCAUUGCAUUUGUUACUUCUUCUACUCUCUUUUAAAGAAUUGAAGGAAAUAUUUCUAAUCCGGAUUUAUAAUUUUUACUUCGUAGCCAUUUAAUUGAGUUUAGAACUCCUUCUAUAUCCGAUUCGAAUCAUUCCGGACAAUAAAAUUCCAGAAUUCAGGACAAUUAGUUACAAUCAAAGACAAAAGCUCCUAAAAAUGGAUUAAAUUGACUAAAUUGCAUAAUUUUAGGCAAUUUUUAAGAAGCCGUAAAACAGCCAAAGUUAGAUUUGUACCUUCGCCAAUAAAUAACUAUAUUUAUAUGUCAACAGGGAUAACUUUAAUAAAAAUUUCAUACAUGUUAAUAGACAGAGAAAAAAGAGCCCAAGGAUGACAAGACUAAUAAGAAAAUAUCCAACCAUUUUUCUCUCAUUAAAUAAAAUGAAAAAGAGAAUUAAAAAAAUGCACAUCGCAGGGUUUUUUACCUUAAAAAAAGUCUUUUUCAUUAAUUAUAAAAAAAUCUAUUAAAAAAAACUAAUUAAAAGAAAUAUUUAUGAUUUAUUUACUCCAUGUUAUAUCAUUGAAUAUUGAGAGAUUUUUCUUUUGAUUUUUUUCUCCUCGAUAUCGUUGUCUUUUCACUUGAUGAUGAUAUAUUGUACAUGUAUAUAAUAUGUUAUUUAUUUAAGAACGUUGAGAGCGAUUAAAAGGUGAUGAGAGAGGGAUGUGAGACAAUGUACUGGAUAAUUUUGUGAAUAAAGUGAAUGAGGGAGGAUGUUGAGAUCA